AUGGUGCAGGCAGCCGGGGUGGCUGGGGCGCCCUCUGGGCCAGCGGAACACUUCCAGGGGCUGCGGGGGUUCGACGACAGGAACGCCCCCAGCUUUGCCUGCGCAAUCAUGGGCGACCUGCACCUGGAGCCUGGCCAUGCCAUGGCGCAGUUUGAGGAGGCGCGGCGGCAGCUCAUCACCGCCAUCAACGAGCCGGGCGUGGCGGCACCCCGCGUCGUGCAGCUGGGCGACCUGGGCGGCUACAAGUUCCGCCCCGGCAGCCGCGACUGCUUCCAGCGCGGCCUCGAGUACCUGGCGGGCUUUGGGGCGCCCACCACGCUUGUGCUGGGCAACCACGACCUGGAGGGAGACGAGUUUGAGACGGAUGAGGAGAACCUGGCGGCCUGGCACGAGACCUUCUGCCAGAAGCACUUCUGGGCCGCCGAUGUGGGGCCUGCAACCUUCAUCGGCCUGUCCACAGUGCGCUUCCGCAGCAACCCCUGGAGCGUGCACGAGGUGCAUGUGGAUGAGGAGCAGCGCGCUUUCUUUCGGGAGCGGCUGGCGGCGGCGGCGGCGGCUGGGCGGCCUGUUGUGGUGUUCACGCACGCACCCAUCCUGGGCAGCGGCCUCAAGGUGGUCCAGACGGUGCACGUCAAAAACAGGUGUGCAUGGCUGAACCACAGCAGCAACCCGCACGAAUUCAUAGACCUGGUGCACCAGCACCCCAACAUACGCCUCUGGUUCAGCGGCCACUUCCACCUCAGCCACAACUAUGCAGACAGCAUCUCGGUUGUGGGCGGUACCGCCUUUGUGCUGACGGGGGUGAUUGGGGAGUGCAACCGCGACGGCUUCCGCCACAGCCGCCUGCUCAAGGGUACCGCAGAAGGGUACGAGCUGUACACGAUGGACCACGACACGGGAGCACUGCGCCUCGACCUGGCCCACCGCUGGGACGACCCGUCUGCCCCGCACCCGCUGCUCCCAGAGGAGGAGCUGAUUUGCGACCCCUCGGCGGGCUGGCUGUGCAGCCAGGUGGAGUGCUCCGUGGACGACAGCCAGCUGUCGUCGGCCAUCGACCUCCCCCCCGCCGUGACCUGGCUCAAUGCGGGGCCCGGCUGCAUGCUGGCGGUGCAGGCGAGCGCCUCGCUGCCCUCAGGGCUCGCCGACCUCACUGACGAGAUCAUCGUCGAGUACGACACCCGCUGCAUGUCGCCCAUCGGCCUUGUGUCCAUGGACCUGCCAGACGACUGCUCCGUGGGGCUGGUGGAUGCGCAGGGGCGGGCCGUGGAUGCGGUGCACACGGACGGCUCUGCGGCGGUUGCGGUGGAGAUCCACAAGGAGGAUGGGGAGCUGCACCAGCGCAUCAAGCGCAACCAGGCGGGCGGCUUCUUCCAAAUCUACCAACACAACAAGUGGAACGCCAAGAAGAAGAAGCAGGCCGAAGAGGCGGCCGCCCGGCAGGCCCAGCAGCAGCAGGAGGACGCUCUUGCGGCGCGGUGA